CCUCACACCCAUCUACACCCAUAACCACAAAACUUGAUUUUCAUACGAGAUGUCUGGCUCUGACAAGGCUUUCUGGUUGCGCUGUGAAAAGAAGGAGUUUGAGCGUCGUGCGGCGCUCACUCCUACCACCGCUAAAAAGCUCAUCGAUGCAGGCUUCGAGAUCUUCGUCGAGCGCGACGAGCAACGUAUCUUCGACGAUUCAGAAUACGAGGCCGUCGGCUGCAAGCUCGUAGACCACAACUCUUGGCCCUCUGCCCCGACGUCAGUCCCCAUCAUCGGGCUCAAGGAGCUUCCCGCCUCCGACUCUCCUCUCCCGCAUACACACAUUCAAUUCGCCCACUGUUACAAGCAACAGGCAGGCUGGUCUUCCGUUCUCUCCCGUUUCCACCGCGGCCACGGGACGCUCUACGACCUCGAAUUCUUGAACGACGCUGCUGGACGGAGGGUCGCAGCGUUCGGCUUCCAUGCUGGUUUUGCAGGCGCGGCUGCUGGUGCGUUGGCUCUUGCUGCGAUGAAGGAAGGAAAUACUCUGGGGAGGUUGGAGCCGUAUGUGAAUGAGGCGGCGAUGGUAGAGGACUUGAAGGCGAAGUUGCCGGGAGGGAGUGGGAAGGGAGUGAAGGCUUUGGUCAUUGGAGCUUUGGGAAGGUGUGGUAGGGGUGCUGUGGAUCUGUUUAGGAAGAUCGGGCUGGAUGAAGAUGACAUCGUGAAGUGGGAUAUGGCGGAGACCGCAAAGGGAGGUCCCUUCCAAGAGAUCCUCGACGUCGACAUCUUCGUCAACUGCAUCUACCUCACAUCCAAGAUCCCCUCCUUCGUCACCGCCGAGACGAUCGCCGCCGCUGGCAAGUCACGCAAGUUGAGGGUCGUAGUCGACGUCAGUUGCGAUACGACGAACCCGAACAACCCGAUUCCGAUCUACAACAUCAACACGACGUUCUCGGAACCUACGGUCCCCGUUGCGGGUAUUGGUGAGGGCAACCCACCCAUGUCCGUCAUUUCCAUCGACCAUCUCCCCACGCUCCUUCCCCGCGAAGCCUCUGAACAAUUCAGCUCCGACCUCUUGCCUUCUUUGUUGGAGUUCCCCAACAGGAAGUCAGCUCGCGUGUGGACGGAUGCCGAGAAGCUCUACCAGGAAAAGUUGGCCGAAGCAGUCAAGGUCGAGGGGCUUUGAGGGAGUCGUUGCCACCAAACUGCUUAAAAGUGCCUGCGAGGAACGAAGAAGGAAGUACAAAAUAACUUAUUGAAGUUAUAGCGGUUUGUUUGUUUGUUUGAUUAGAUGUGCUAGAAGGUGUUCAAAACAAAAGUUGCUACUCAUCGCUACCUACAAUCCUCGGAUAAGGCAAAUCCAGAAGUGGCGCCACCACACGCCACACGGAUUCA